AUGUCCCUCCUCACCCUCAUCGACGGCAAAGACGGCCACCCCAUCUGGAUCCUCGGCGGCCGACAAAACCAAUUCGCCGACCUCUCCGACGGCGCAGCCACAAACAUCAGCUGGCAGCACGACGCCCGCAUCAUCCCAUCAUCCAACACCACAGACGAGGCUCACAUCACUCUCUUCGACAACCACGGCGAAUACAGCGGCCCUUGUCAAGGCAAAUGCCAAACCCGCGCUCUCCGCAUCGCCGUCAACCAAGUCCUCCACACCGCACGGGUAGUUGGCGAGUUCUUCCACCCGGAAAACAUCGACUCCGGCGCCAUGGGAGGCUACCAAACGCUGGAUAGCGGGAACAUCAUGACGGGAUGGGGAUACUAUCCCGGCUUUGUCGAAUACACCAGCGACGGCACACCAGUUAUGGACUUCCAAAGAGGCGCAAUCGGUGGAGAGCCUCUGCCAGACAUGUUUGCCUACAGGGUCAAUAAAGGAGAUUGGAAGGGAAGCCCUUCAUGGGCACCAAGUGUAGCCGCUGAUGCACCAAACAACAGCACCCUCAAUGCCACCGUCUACGUGUCGUGGAACGGCGCAACAGACGUUGCCUCAUGGGCUAUAUUUGCUUCCAAUGACCACAGUAGCAUCAACAACUACACAAACCUCGUCGCAGAAUCCCCCCGCCACGGCUUCGAAACCGCCAUCUCCCUGUCAAGCAAAAACACCACCCGUCGAUACGUCGGUGCAGCUGCAGUGUCAUCCUCCGGCGAUGUCCUCGGUUCAACCAUCGUCAUCGAUCUCCAAAACGGAGGCAAACCUGCCACUGUAGAGAGCGGCAUAGUCACCCUAAAGCCUCCAUCUCCAUCACCGCCACCAUCAUCAGCAUCAGGGAGUCGACGUACUGGCUCGGAGUGUAUUACUGGCGAAGAAGAGGGAGGGCACGGCGUGGACACGGAGAAGAGGGAUACAGGAUGGUAA